AUGUUGCGUCAUGUGACAGAGCUCAUAUUCAUACAGACUAACUCAAUCUAUGGUAACAGUUGGCUCCUCUCCUACUCUCAUCUCACGCAGUCCAAUCUUACCAUGAGCUUUUGGAAAGCGCUCUUCCCGAAAAAGUAUCGGGAGAAACAGAUCACUCAGAAGAAUAAGGAUCACAUUGAGAGCGGGAUAAAGGCCACCAUCUCAGAUAAAUUCAGCAGUUUCCUAGAAGGCGACCGCCACAGUCGGAAAAAUACAUUCCAGCUCCCACAGUACAACCCAGCAGUCAGUAUCUCAGAAAAUGAUCCCCUUGUUUAUCUUGAUAUUCUUGGAGCACAUCUUGACAAUUAUUGGCGUGCCCGAUUACUUCUCUAUGAGACUGCACAACAGGCGAGACCUUUGGUCUCAAUGCUAGGUCGCAAAUCUUUUAAACUAGAUCCAGUUUUGGGUUCCGCUAGACCACGCACUUGCAGAAAUGCUCAGUAA